AUGCCGCGCCCGCCGGACAACUACACGCACUCGCAGUUCGAGAUGAUCGAGUCGGAGCACCAGGGCGACACGGUGCAAUGCGUGCACUGCCGCAACUGGACGGGCUCGAUCAAGACGCUGAACCGCAAAAAGGCCCAUCUGCUCAACUGCCCGCAGUACGCGCAGUGGCGCGAGGCGGGAAAUGGACAGGACUUGGCGCCCCCUAACAAAUACCAGAAGCGCGACAGCUCCACCCUAAACGCCUGGGACCGCGGAGACGAAAGCGCCAUCAAUCCGUACCUGCAGUCGUCGCCUUUCAACGAAGGCCCCAACUACACGCCGCAGAUGAGCGUCCGCGGACGCAAUUUGGACACCGCCAAGUACUUCGAUGAAUUCUGGGACGACUCAUCCGCCCAGAAGUGCAUGCGAGUCCGAUGCCUCUCCUGCGGAUACGUCCGAGCCAAAAACACCACCCGCCAAGUCGAGCAUCUUGCUCAGUGCCAGUCGUUCCUUAACUCGACUGAAGGCCAAGCUGCGUUGGCAGCGGGCGAGAUCGAGUUCACCCCUGCUCAGGGCCGAGCAUCUUACGGAGGAGGUAAUGAUAUCUGGCGCGGAGGAGCUCCCAAUCCCAAUCUUCAAGUGGGCUCGGGCUCUCAGUCACGCUCAGUCGCCGGCAACAUCGGAGGAUCCCAGCGCAUGCCACCGCCCGGCCGACAAGCCCCAUCUCUAGUCAGCCAUCUCCUCAACAAGUGGCCCGAGAAGCCGCAGAAAGCGAUCCAACAGAAGUUCUUUUCUCAUGCUGGAUGCGGCACACUCUCUGCUGGCGCUCUCGCAAACUGGCUUGGACAGAAUAGUCAUAUCUCUCGCGCCAUGAUUGGCUUCAUUGGCUCGCUCAUUGGCAAAGUUCGCCUCCCCGAGCACUCCCCCAACAGCAAGUUCAACACUCAAUACCGUGCUCUGGACCUUCUCAUUUCGACUGUCAGCAACCUACGCAAGGAAAUCGAUUUCAUCGAGAAUACCAAGCGAAAGUACGCAUUGCACAGUGAUGGCGAACCACCAUCGCCGAUCACCAAGGCGUACGUCGACCUCCUCGCUAGUGCCGCGAGUGCCCACUCAAGCUUGCUGGAAGGCAUGGUGGCUCUUUGGGUGACUGAACAUUGCUAUUACGCUUCUUGGCAGUACGCUUCGACCUUUUCGACCACCGUCCCCUCUUCCAACUACUCCGUCCCUUCAUACCUCACCGGCGGCAUGGACCCCUAUGGCAGCUCCUCCGUCUCCCGGCCCAACAACAGCUCUGAUCAACACGUCUCCGCCCUCCAAGAAGCACUCAUCCCCAAUUGGACCUCUCGCGAGUUUAGUAAAUUCGUAGACGCAUGCAAAGCCAUCGUCGACGAGCUGGCCAAUGCUGAGACGACUGGCAGCGGCAGAGAACAACUCACCAGAUGCGAGUCUCAGUACCAGCAAGUCAUCUUCCUGUGGGAACGUAUCUGGCCGGAGGUGGAUGGUCUUGGAGAAGAAGAGGAUUUGGCAGAUGGCGACCACGACACAUCUCACACUGGUGGACGACCUCAAAGCGGCGCAGGGCCUUCUGGCACCAACGGCAACAACGCCAACAAGUCUGAUCCCAUCGAGAUCGGCGACGACGAAGAUGACGAUGACGACGACGGUGCAGACGGCAACGACGAUGCACCCAUGGAGUCGGUCGAUUCGCCUUAUGGAGGGACUGGACUUGGCGCCGUGCAUGCUGCGAACCAGGCUGUCUGA